GCACGUUAACUGUUAACGACCAGUGAGAUUUUAUAUAGCCAUGACCAACGGACUAACUUGCCAGUUUCGUUUCAGAAGCGAUCUGUGGUUGUCUACUUUUCAAGAGCAACAAUGGAGUGCAAUCAGAAAACAAAAUUUACAGAGUGGGAAAAUAAUAAAGAUAUUCAAAUAUUUCGAGAUUAUCUCAAAAUUCCGUCAGUGCAUCCGAAUGUAAAUUAUAACGAAUGUGUUGAGUUUUUAAGGAAUCAAGCUGAUGUAUUGGAACUGCCUUCGAAGGUCGUUGAGAUUAACCAGGGAAAGCCAAUUGUCAUCAUCACUUGGUUGGGUACAGAGACAGAGAAGAAAUCGAUUCUUUUGAAUUCACACAUGGAUGUUGUGCCAGUAUAUCCGGAGAAAUGGACUUAUCCACCUUUUUCUGCGCAUAUGGACGAGCAAGGUCGUAUCUACGGGCGAGGAUCACAAGACAUGAAAUGCGUAGGAAUACAGUUUCUGGGUGUGAUUCGUGCACUGAAACAUGAAGGGCGCAAAUUGAAACGCACUCUUCAUGUAAUUUUUGUACCAGAUGAGGAAAUCGGUGGUGUGCUGGGAAUGAAGGAUUUCGUGCAGUCAAAUUAUUUUAGGGAACUGAAUUGUGGCUUCGCCAUUGAUGAAGGUUACGCUUCGGAAACAGAUACGUUCCGUCUAUUUUAUGGUGAACGCACUCUAAAACCUGUUCAUUUCACCAUAUCUGGUACGCCUGGACAUGGAUCUCUACUCUUACCGGGAACAGCGGGUGAAAAAGCACGCAAACUAAUUGAUAAAAUGAUGGAUUUCCGACAAAGUGAAGAACAAAGAUUAGAGGCCAACAAUGAAUUGACUGUCGGUGAUGUAACUACUGUUAAUCUAACCAUGAUGUCGGGUGGAGUACAAAGCAAUGUGAUUCCUCCAGAAUUCAAGCUGUGUUUUGAUGUUCGGAUAGCACACAACAUAACAAUAGAAGAAUUCGAACGACUUGUGGACGCGUGGUGCGAAGAAUCAGGAGGAGGCAUUAAAAUAGACUACGGUGUUUAUCCUUUUGUCGAAUCUACAAAACUGGAUGAAUCCAACAAAUAUUGGGUUGUUUUCAAGCAAGCCCUGCAACACAUGGAUUUGAAGGUUAAGCCACAGAUAUUGCCAGGAGCAACAGACAUUCGAUACAUACGAGAGUUGGGGAUUCCGGCUAUCGGAUUUUCACCAAUGAAUAAAACUCCUGUUUUAAUGCAUGAUCAUGAUGAGUAUUUGCACGCUGACAUAUUUCUGAAAGGUAUUGGCAUUUAUAAAAAUAUUAUAACUGCUGUAGCAAACGUUAAGUAAUAUAAGCAUAAAAAUAAACAAUAUAAAUACAAUCAUAAAUUAUACAAUGUCCACAAAGCAAACAAUGUAUACUGUAAGAGCAUGGUUCUCUUCAAGUAAUUCUAGGUUAGAUUUUAUUUUAUAUCGAUAUUUUUCUAAGCAUAAAAACUGAGAGGGUCAACUGACUCGUGUACAAGUAUGUAUCAAACAAAGAAUCAAACGCUUAGAAAAUGUAUUUUACUUCUGCUGAUCAACUGUGAACGGCGCGAUAGCUAAUUGCAGCACAUUCUACCAAAAAUCUCAAUUAUACUUGAUAUUCCUGUUUCUGCUAGCUUGUUGUGAACGUACAAAAAUAAAAAUUACGAAGUAUUGUAUUAUUGUUUAGUAUUAUCAAAACAUGGGGAAAAGUGUACUAAAACGUGAAAAUAUUUCGAACAACGCGUAUUACGUUAAAAAUAAGUGUCAGGAAGCAUGCCAAAUAUACAAUAGUUGCAUUUAUAACUUGACAAUGAAAGAUUAUUGUCGAAUUCCGAUUUUUGGUUUUGAGUUCCAAAAAAAAACUGGUGCAUGCAGAAAAUAGCAGUGCAUUUGUGAAACAUUAUUUGUUAAAAUUACAGAAUAUAUUGAUACUUUGUUGUACCGAAUACAGAGUAAAAUACCGAGCGUUUCGAGACAUUUGCAGUGUAAUUGUAAAAAAUAGGAACGGUAAAGGCUUCUUUAGUGGUGUUGAGAUAAUUCCAUAUUCUGAAUCUGCAUGCCAAACUGAGCCGAAAUCCAAAUUUUCAUUAAUUUUGGUGCCCGGGAACCUAUUUAAAAAUCAAUUUGAAAUUUGUAUGGGAGCGAUUUGUCGAAUCACCCCUCGUCGCAUUUUGUACUGAGCGGAGCUGUCAAGCAGUUGCCCAGCUGUCAAAAGGUGAUUUAAAAAAUCUCUUUGAAAUUGAUUUUAGAUACCAAAAUAAAGUUCUAAAAAUCUGAAAAAAUCAUAGCGGCCCAGAAAAAGAUGCUCUUUCGUUUAAAAAUAAAAAAUCAUUGAAUUUUUCUUGAUUGGGUUUUUAAAUUAAGAAAAAUUCAAUGAUUUUAUAUUUUUAAACGAAAGAGCGUCUUUUUCUAAGCCACUAUGAUUUUUUUCAGAUUUUUAGAACUUUGUUUUGAUACCUUAACCUUUUGGAGCCGAUUUGUUUCGCCGCUGUCGACGCAACCUCGCUGGUGUCGAACACGUUUGUUAUGCUCGGUUUCAUCGCCGGGGUCAUAUAUGACCCCUCCGGCUCCAAAGGGUUAAAUCAAUUUCAAAAAGAUUUAUUCAAAUCAUCUUUUGACAGCUGGGCAACUGCUUGACAGCUCUGCCCAGUACAAAAUCCGACGAGGGGUGAUUCGACAAAUCGCUCCUAUACAAACUUCAAGCUGAUUUUUAAAUAGGUUCCCGGGCUCAAAAAUUCAUGAAAAUUUGGAUUUCGGCUGAGUUUGGCAUGCAGAUUCAGAAUAUAAAAUUAUCUCAACAUCGCUUAAAAAGCCAAUUAAAAAACCCAAUUGCGUAACUGAGAUCUUCUUGAGACCAGUAGCCUCUACCCAGCAACUCCAAUUCCUACGGCAAAAUUAAUUUUAUAAUGCUUUUGAAGUAUUCUUUAACACUUGUGCUUUAAAACCAUGCAUAAACCAAAUUGCUCUGCAAAACAACAUCAACUCAACCAUAAACCCGCCAUAAGACCAAAGAGGCCCAUCCUAAGAUGCUCUUGAAGAGUUGUUUUUAAAUUUCUCUUAAAACUUGUUGUACUUCCCAAGUUGUCCUCAAGGCGAAUUACUCUCUCCUUGUAGAAUUCUUCAAGUGCACGAUAAAACGAUAAUAAAUUUGUCAGUGUUGUUGCUGAUGCAGCUUUUAUGUCGACAGAAAUGUUUGAUGAAAUAAAUUGAAAAAAAAAACACAAUGAAAAUGA